AUGAAGUACCUUCACGAUCACAAUGAGUCCCAGAGUAUCCAUUCCCACGCUCACAUAUUCAGCGCCGACACCAUCCCUACCGAUCGAUUUCCAGACAGCGAACUAGCUAUGCAUCUGACAUAUUCCCCAUCCACCGUCAGUGCAUUUGCAGCUGAGGUACUCACCUACAAAGCCCUCCUCGAAGAAUUCAAACGGCACUCGGCCCUCUCUAGUUUAGCAUCUACUACUCAUGUCACUACCCAAGAAGCUCCUGCAGCCCCCCUUCCACCAGGGGCUCCAUUCGAUAGCGAACUUUUUGCCAAGAUCAUGGCCAACGCUUUUAAAGGCGCCAAUGCCAGCACCAAGGAAAAAGAUCUCGCCCGCACUUCGGCCAGUGCCAAAGAUUCUUUCAGCUUGAUUUUUGGCCGAGCCAAACCGGUCAUCCAGCUCGACGGCUCCACUGUCAAUGAAUUCCACCCAUCCGUACUCACUGACAACUUUGCCACAUUCUUGGAAAUCGGUUCAAUCAAAGAGGCCCUACGCCACCUCCAUGAUACUUUUGCCCACAUCACCGAUACCCUCACCACCCGGAACAACUACGACUGCAACGUCGACUUCGAUAUUGCCCUCUUCCAACACGCUACAGUCACUGCCCUCAAAACAUGCAGCUUUGGAGUUCGACCCCUAACCAUGCACCCCCACGAAGCAACCUCACUUCUAAUAUAUAUAUAA